AGCCAUUAUACAUAAAAAAAUCUAGAUUUUCUAUUCAUCUUUUUAUUUUGCGUUACAAAAUGAUGGACUUUUUGAAUUCCUUUAAAUCACUUAUAAAGCUCGAACAGAUUCAUACCGACAAUAACAUCUUCAAAUUGCACUACAAAUUUACUAUGAUUAUGUUGAUUGUUUUCUCGAUUUUAUUAACAUCUAAACAAUAUUUUGGAGAUCCAAUCGAUUGUGAGGUACAAGAUAGAAGUUCCGAAGUUAUUGAAACGUAUUGUUGGAUUUUUGGGACUUUUACAAUAAAAAAGACAUUAAACGAAAAUAUUUUAAGUGGAUUGGGUCCAGACCCAAGAUUACUAAAUGACUUGCUUCAAGAUUCAUCAUCGGAUGAAAUUAUAACACAAAAGUAUUAUCAAUGGGUCUGCAUUGUUUUUUGUUUUCAAGCGUUAUUAUUUUAUAUACCAAGAUAUUUAUGGAAAACUUGGGAAGGUGGUCGUUUACGACUAUUAGCUAAAGAUUUAGGGGGUCCAUUAAUUCCCAACUGUUGGAACAAAGAGACGAAAGAACGUUUAAUUAGUUACAUGUUAAGCGGAAAUUAUUCUCACAAUCUUUACGCUUUACGAUUCGCUUUUUGCGAAUUAUUAAAUUUUAUUAAUGUAGUCUGUCAAAUUGUAUUUAUGGAUUGGUUUUUAAGUGGCCAAUUCACUGAUUAUGGCAUCGCUUUGGCAUUGUACAAUGGGGAAAACCCAAUGACUCGUGUUUUUCCAAAAGUAACAAAAUGUACUUAUUAUAAUUACGGUCCCUCCGGAGGUAGACAAAGACAAGACGCUUUAUGCGUUCUCCCAUUAAAUAUUGUUAACGAAAAACUAUUUUUAAUACUAUGGGUUUGGUUUUUGAUACUUGCCAUUGUUAGCUUUUAUGUUUUAAUUUAUCGAACGAUCGUUUUAGUUUCACCUAAAAUUAGAAUGUAUCUUUUAAUGGCUCACGCAAAAUUUUUAUCACGAAAAACUGCCAGUAUUAUAACUUGUAAGAUUUCGUUUGGUGAUUAUUUCUUUUUACAUCAGUUGGGUAAAAAUUUGAAUCCAUUAACUUAUAAGGAUUUAUUGAUUAGUAUCGCAAAUGUUUUAUUUUAUAAAUCAUCUUUACCUUAUAACCCGGAAGUUACUAUGCCGGUUUAAAACAAUGUUUCUUGUAAUGCUUAAAUGCUUGCUCCAUUUAGACUUAUUGUUUUACAAAAUGUAAUUUUUUUAAUGAUAAUUAUUAAUUGAA